AUGCGAGAUCUUAUAAUCAAGCCUGUCAUCUUACAACCCAGCAUCAGUUUUUCGAAGAUCUCAUCGACCAUAAUGAAGUUCACCGACCUCUCGCCCCAGGAGGUGCUGGAUCUCGGCAAACCUUUGCAUGAGUUGGAAGAGCUAGUGAAAGGGAGAGAACACCCGCAGUUCGAUUUCUCAGACGCUUCCAAGACGCUCGCUCUCAUGAGACACAUGGUCUCUCAGGAAGAACAAGCAGACGAAGUGGACCCGACGAUAACAGAGAUUACGAUCAAUGUCGAAAGUCGGGAUGGAGUACUUUUGCCGCUGAAGACCUUUCGAAGGGCGAAAGGCGACCAAAAGACAGCUGCCGAGCGUUCGGUAUCGCCGCUGAUCGUUCUAUACUUCCCAGGUGGAUUCAUCUUUGGCAGUCCGACUUUGAUGGCAGGUCUUGCUCGACUCCUGGUAAAGAAGUUUAACGCAGUGGUUGUGGCUCCAACAUACAGGCUUGCCCCUGAGCACCCUUUUCCAACGUGGUACAAUGACGGCUGGGACGUCUUUCAAUGGAUCGCUCAGAACGCCUCAGGGUCACUUCGGGCAAACCCAGGCAAAGGCUUCGUCGUUGGCGGUAUCUCGUCUGGAGCCAACGUUGCCAAUGUCGUUGCACACUUGGCGCGAGAUAACAGUCUGCACCCAUCGCUGACAGGCGUCUGGCUCAGCUGCGGUGGUAUGCGGCUAGCUUCGCAGUACACCGAUCGUUUGCCUCCAAAGUACCGCGAGAGAUACCUAAGCCGGACGCAAGAAGAAUGCGUGAACAGCGGAGUCUCCUCAGAAGCAAUGUCAAGAUUUGUCAGACGCCGGUGUAACGAAGACCCAGAAUCUGUCUUCUUCGCGCCCUUGAUCUGGUCCAGUGGCCCUUCAUAUGGUCAUGCUGGGUAUCCAAGGACUUACUUUCAAGUCUGUGGCAUGGAUCCUCCACGGGACGAAGCAUUGAUCUUUGACGACAUGCUCAAAGAGGCUGGGGUAGAGACCAGGCUGGAUAUGUAUGCUGGUCUUCCACACGUUUUCUGGCAUUCGUUUAAGCAGUUAGACCAGUCAAAGAAGUGGAUUCAGGACACUUUGGAUGGGUUUGCCUGGCUGCUGGAUGGAGAGUAA